AUGAAAUCUGUCUCGGAGCUCUUCAUUAAUCGAAAUGACGUAGCAGUCACCGCUGCAACUGCUAUCGCUGUGACUCUGGGGCUAUCACUAUUGCUACAUAGCACAAAGAAAUUGACCUCAUGCGAGACUCGAAUGGUUCCCCCGAUGCCCAAGACGACAUUACCCAUUCUUAAGAGCUUAAUUGACAUUGCUGGCACUGUCGAUCGAUUUCACGACUGGUUAUUCGAGCAAUGUGUUGAAUUUAACCAUCGUCCGUGGAUGUAUCAUAUCCCAGGACGACCCGAAUCUAUUGUACUUUCAUCACCUGAGACCAUUGAAGAUGUUAUGUCGACUCAAGAGAACAUUUUCUUGCGUGGUCCUGUGGGGCAGUACAUUAGUUAUGAUAUUUUUGGAAAGGGUAUGAUUAUUGCAGAUGGAGAUCAGUGGUAUUACCAUCGUAAGACGGCUAGUCAUCUCUUUUCGAUGCAGAUGAUGAAAGAUGCUAUGGAUAUCACUGUCCAAGAGAAGCUGGGGGUCUUUUUGGAUGUGCUAGAUAUUUAUCACAAACGCGGGAAACCAUUUAGUAUCAAAAAGGAGCUUCUCCAUUUCACGAUGGAUGUUAUAUCAAAAACUGGUUUUGGUGUGGAGCUCAAUACGCUUAAAGACAGUCCUAAUCGCGAGACGGAUCAUGAAUUCUUACAAGCUUUCGAUAGUGCUUGCGUGAGUUUUGCUGUUCGUAUUCAAACACCCAUUUGGAUCUGGAGGAUCAAAAGGUUUUUUAAUGUUGGAUGGGAAAAAGUUUUUCAAAAAGAUGUUGCAAUGAUGCACAAUUUCAUCAAUCACGUCAUCAUGGAGUCGAUGAAAAAAAAGACGGAACUUGCGGCAAAGGGUGAAAAGAUGGAAGGAAAGGAUCUCAUCUCUCUUUUCAUGGAGAGUAAUUUAAGAGAGACCGAAGACAUGCAGAUCGAAGACGACGAGAUCACUAUUAUGCGCGAUAUGGUCAUGACGUUCAUCUUUGCUGGUAAGGACACGACUGCGCACAGCAUGUGCUGGUUUAUUGUCAUGAUGAACAGAUAUCCGGCCGUGCUGCGUAAGAUUCGAGAGGAGAUCAAGGAGAAGUUACCAGGGCUAUUGACUGGUGAAAUUCGCGUGCCGACGCAAGAACAAGUGCGCAACCUCGUGUACUUGGAAGCCGCUAUCAAAGAAAACCUUCGUCUUACGCCAUCCACCGGAUUUAUCGCACGUGAGUGUAUGCAGGACACGACACUUGUAGACGGCACGUUCAUCAAAAAGGGCCAGACAAUAAUGAUGUCAUCGUUUUGCAACGGACGCAAUAAAAAUUCGUGGGGUGACGACGCACUUGAGUUCAAGCCCGAGCGCAUGAUCAACCCCGAAACUGGAAAAGUGCGUGUUUAUUCACCGUUCAAGUUCAGCGCUUUCGGCUGUGGUCCUCACAUAUGCAUUGGUCAGCGAUUCGCCAUAAUGCAACUCAAGAUGACAUUGGCGACCCUCUUUAGCAAGUAUGAGGUCAAAACAGUGGAGGAUCCGUGGAAACUUACGUAUGAAUUUUCCAUCGCAAUUCCGGUAAAGGGUCCAAUGGAGGUUGAGAUCACGCCACUGGCUCCUGAAACAUUGGCAACUUUUGCUUAG